GUGUGCUCUCUGGUUGGGUUGGGUGAGGCAACCACCAUCGCCAUGGAUGCCGCUGCCACGGCUGAGAGGGAGAGGAGACGGAUAACAGCCAACGGUCACCUUGUCCUUUGUCUACGACCCACUGGCCCGGCCAGCGGCAGGUCUUCUUCCUGGUCUCCUCUGGACACAUCUGGCCGCGUCCGAAGACCCACCCCCUCGCCACAAGUCUCCGGCCGCUUCCAGUUCCAGCCCUCUUCUUCUACCCUUGCCGUGCGCGCUCCCGCUCCACGCUCCUCUCCCUCCCAGCCUCCGCCCGGAGAGAUCCACGACCAGCUGAGCUAAGCCAGCGCCAGAGCCAGCCAUGGUCUUCUGGGAGCGCGACUGGUGGAGCAAGUGGUGGGAGAAGCAGCGCCAGCGGGACUGCUGCGACUGCGAGUGCAGCUGGACCACGGCCAUCGUCUGCCUGGUCGUCCUGGCCGUGCUCGGGGGCGCCCUCGCCCUCCUCGUCCUCGCCUUCGCCGUCCUCAACCCGCCCACGGCCAGCGCCGACGACGCCCUCCUCACGCGUUUUGACCUCGCCCCGGCCCCCAACUCCACGUCCACGGCGAGGCCGCCGCUGCAGCUCCUGUCCUACAACGCCACGGUCACCGUCUCCCUGCGCAAUCCCAACCUGCACUACGGCGUCACCUUCGGGGCCGUCGCCGCGGCCUUCUCCUUCAACGGCACCCGCUUCGACGAGUCCGGCACCGUGCCGACCCUCGACCUCGGCGCCCGGAAGGAGGCCGCGGUGCGCCUCAGGGUCGGCGCCGUCGGCCGCGCCCUGCCGAAGCUGACGGCGGCCGGCGCGGCGGAGUUCGCCAGGCAGAAGGACGCCGGCGUGUUCGAGGUGGAGGUGCGGCUGGACACGGUGAUGCAGUACAAGGGCCGCAAGACCAAGUGCCCCCUGGGGAUCGUCUGCCCGCUCCGGCUGCAGCUCGUCGACCCGGACGUCGCCGCCACCGCCUUCCAGAAGACCAAGUGCACCGUCCUCAGGGCCAAGAUCUCCGGCUGCUAGCCCGCCCGCCCGCCAGCCGUUGCCACCACUUGAUUUGGUUUGGUUUCAUUUCCGUCUGUAAAAAACGGUUCUUGCUCUGUGUUUGUUCUUCAUCAGUAGUACUAGUGGAGAACAAUCAUCAAUUGCU